UUGUUUAUGUGACAAAAUUAAAAGCAUGAAUACUGACGUAAAACAACUGAUGUAGUACAUUAGCAACUGUGGUAUGAGCCACGUCUACGAAGCACGGAAGCAGCUAGAGCAGCCGGAAUUCAUGAGAUCAUAAUAGAUUCUCUUUCCUUUCACUAUCGAGUGGAACUAUAAACCGCGAAAACCUGUCAURUCUGUCAUCACUCAAACCCUCUCUUAAGAUUACAUACGUGAUAUUAUUUUGACAAGGUUAGGUUUAAUUCUAUCUAGUCAGGCAACAAGACAAGACGGAGAUCAAGAGCUGAAACCAUGACUUCGACUUUAGAUAUUGUUUUGACUGUAUUUUUUGCUAUCUUCGUGGUAAUGGAUAUUUUUCUUAACGUGGUGUUGGUGUUAGCAAUUCGUCGAAAGAAAUCCCUGCAGACACCUAUGAAUUUAUUGAUUCUCCACUUGGCCAUCGCCGAUGUUCUCAUAGGAGURUUUAUCAUCCCGAGGCACAUCCUAAGCUAUGCAAUAACUUAUCCAGACGGYAAAGCUAGUGAUUAUAUUUGUCAGUUUGUCACCGGUGGGAAUUUCAUCUGGACCUCUGUUACGACUUCGAGCGGUUUUCUUACUAUCAUAGCUUUGGAGAGACUUUUCGCUGUUGUCUUUCCCCAUAAAGCAAAACUUCGGGUCACGAAGAGGAGACUAAUAUGGUACGUAUGGGCAUGUUGGUUGUCRUCAAUCGCCUUCAAUCUCCCAAGUCCACUGGUUCAAAAGUAYGAUCACACAAACCACUUCUGCAUGGAAGACUGGCCCGAAUGGAGUGAUCCCAAAGCUUAUGUGGGUAUGGCCUUCGUWGCAGGGAAUUCGUCAGUCGUKGCUAUGUGUAUUCUUUAUUCUAUCAUUAUGUAUAGUCUGUGGAAGAAACGUAAAGCAGUCAGUGAKGUGUCAAGGGCCGCCAGAAUCAAUGCUAGGAAACGUGUGACAAAAAUGUUGAUUCUCAUGACUGUUGUGCACACAAUUUGCCGAACUCCCAACUACACUUUUUAUAUGCUUAGCAAAUUCGAUCCAGAGGCCAAGUACGGAUCGACUGUCUAUAGCUUCACUGUAUUUCUCAUUCUCUUCAAUUCUGCAACCCAUCCAUUUUUCUUCUGCUGGUACAUGAAUAAUCUUCGUCGUGAAGUAUUUGCCGUUCUGCCUUCUUGUUUCCUCACGAACGCUCCCGCGAGGUUAAGAAAGCUUACUUUGCCAACGACGGAGGCAAACAGUGACAGUGCAGCUCACAAAGGUGGGGUAGCUCACAGGAUGAAAGACCUGCACAGUUCGGACUUUGUUUCGAAUAGUUAUGACGAAAGGAAGAAAAACACCACGAAGAGGAACGAAAAAUGCYCACAGACACUGACCACUGAUACUGAAGACAACAAGAAAGAAAGUCGUAGCGAAGAUUUGGUUUUAAGCAAUAAAGAUUUUUUAGGAAGCAAAAUCGUAAAAGAAGAACAAGGCAAUAAUAAAGUGACUAAAUCAGUUUCGAGUGAUGAUGAGGAUGGUAGCAGCGAAGCAAAGGAAGUCGACGAAGAAAUAGCGGAAAACAAAUAUGCCCUGGAAUCAGAACUGAACAACGAUGUCAAACCACAAAGAACAAACCGUAAAACAACUGCUGAAGAAGAUGUGAUGUUAACCAUGGAACCGAUUGAAGUCUGAGCCAUGAAUUUGUGCAGGGAAAUAAACUGAAAUAGUUCAAGGAUUUGGAAUCAAAAAUUGAUCUAUUCUUGAAGGAAUAUUUUAUAUAAUUUAAUACAUUAAGGAGGGUUUUCCAUUAUAAAUUUCAUAAACAGCACUACAGAUAUUAAUAAUCCAAUAAAAUCGACGGGAAUGAUAAAUUAGCAAAAGAGCUGGGUUAGAAAAUUUUCACUUGCCAACAGUGAUAAAUGAUUCUUCAGUGAGUAUAAGAUAAAACUCAUAUAUAAUACUUACGUAUUUCUUGCUUUGAUUGUGGCUUAACCAUCGAGAAUUGACUUUGCACGCAAUCGUAUUAUAGAGAAAACUUUUAUACUCGAGUAAAACUAGUUUGAUCUUAAUUUGACCAUAAAUUUCGACGAUAAAAGUUUGUAAGUACUUGCAAUUUUAUUCUUAAAAAUAUAGUAACAUUCUUGAAUUAUUAUAAACGUCAUUUUAUAGUUCAAAAAUAUAUUAUAAACAUAAAUGAGUAUAAGCAAUAGCUAAAUAAGCAACAAUGAACUGAUAAGUAGAUAAAAGAAAGAGUUCGUAGUAGUUAGUAUAUUCAAUGCCUACAUUAUUGUUUACAUUCGUAUCAAGAUUUUGAAUUGAUUUGUACGUAUUCUUUGUUUAUAUAAGUGAUCAUUUUGAAAUCCCAAUUCACCACAUAUUUAAUGGAAUAAUACAAUAUCCAAAGCAGCUUAGUUUAAAAAUAUUUUUCCAUAAUCUUUUAUCGCUGAUUCCUAUGAACGAAUCUCCUACAAAGUCUCGCUGAGAGAAAAAGCUGCAUUUUGCAAAGAUAUCAUUAAGAUAUAUUUAGAUAAAUAUAGAURAACCACAACAGAUGGGCAAAACAAAUAUUGAAGUACAAAAAGGAACUAGAUGCAUUAACUACUCGAAUAAAAAACCCUCAAUAAAAAUUUUAUAUUAAAAUUAG